UUAGAUCGCUAAAACUGAACUCUAACAUAAACCUAAUAGCUCUUACGAAUAUGAACAAUACAUUUAAAGCUUAAACUAACAGGAAGAUAUUUCAAAAAGUAAACAUAUACAGUACUUAAAGGCGUGUGAUAAUUUUGAGUUAUUAGCUGAAGAAAUGAGAAUUGCGUGACAUGUUUACUUUUGUAUUUUUUUAUCAGAUGAACAAAUGGAGUGUUAAUAUGUUUGCAAUGUCAAUAGUCGAAGUGCCAAUAUAUACUUUGAUAAAAGUAUAGGUAUACCAUCUAACGACAUUAUACACGAAUGAUGAAUGUGAUCGAGGCCACGUUAUACAUGUGAGGCAUUUAUUAUUGGGAAUUCAUAGUCGAUGUCGUCUGCACCAUAUUUCGUCCGGUAGUUUGUGAACGAAAAUAUUUUUUUCCUGGAUACUGUUCAGGAUUUCCGUGAACGAAAAACGUUAAGCCACUAAACUGCAAAAAUGCUUGGAGGACUAAGGGCGAUUCUAACUCGGCCGAAAUGCUUGGAAUGUUAUUCGGCAGCGUUACAAAAAUCUUCAGGAUAUGAAUACAGACAUAUCAGGACAUUUUACUCUGGGUACCAGAGACGCUUGCUCCAAAAGUUGGACCCAGAGGAGGUGGAAUGCCCUCAAAUUGGCAGAUAUGAACUUCCGCAAGUGAAAGUGCCCAAUAUUCCACUUGAGGAUUUAUUAACUUUUCGUGGGAUGGACACGGAUUUUCCCUGCUUGACUCGAAACAAGGCAACUGGACCGGAACCACAAUACGGAAAGAUCGUUUCCGGUUACAAGACGUUCAGCACGGGCAAACCGUUCUUCCUCAAAUAUAAUGGCGCGGUUUUACCGGAACUAAAUGUCGCCUAUGAGACGUGGGGAAAGCUUAAUGCGGAUAAAACAAACGCCGUGCUCAUCCAUGCCGGGUUGUCUGCAAGUUCUCACGCCCGAAGUCAUGAGGAUAAUCCCGACCCAGGCUGGUGGGAGAGGUUUGUUGGCCCUGGUCUGGCCGUGGACACGGAUGAAUUCUUCGUUAUAUGCACAAACAAUCUGGGUGGAUGUUACGGAACUACAGGGCCUUCGAGUACCAAUCCAUUGACUGGAAAGCCCUUCGCAACGACAUUCCCCGUGGUGAGCGUGGAUGACAUGGUGUCCGCGCAGUUUGCCUUGCUGGAUCAUCUCGGCAUCGACAAGUUGCAUGGGAGUGUGGGCUCCUCUCUGGGCGGUAUGGAAUCCCUAACCGCUGCUGCCCUCUUCCCUGAUCGAGUUGGAAGGAUGGUUUCAAUCUCAUCGUGUGCUCAGACCCACCCUUCGUCAAUAGCGGUCCGCUACCUGCAGAGAAAGUGUAUCAUGUGUGACCCGAACUGGAACAAGGGACACUACUAUGACAAAAAGUAUCCCAAGAUGGGAAUGAAGUUGGCUAGAGAGAUUGCGACAAUGACCUACCGUAGCGGACCGGAAUGGGACGACAGGUUUGCUCGUAAGCGUAUAGAUGAAACCAAGCCCGUCACCCUGUGUCCGACCUUCAUCAUUGAAAGCUACAUCGAGUAUCAAGGAGAGAUGUUUAGUACAAAGUUUGACCCGAAUUCUCUCCUGUAUAUCUCCAAGGCGAUGGACAUUUUUGACAUCUCUGAGGGUUACAAUAACCUACAAGAAGGCUUAGCCCGAGUCAAGUGCCCAGCGAUGGUGGUCGGGGUCAAAACUGACAUCCUGUUUCCCAUUAUACAACAGAGAGAACUGGCCUACAAUCUUUCGCAGUCAGGCAACAAGAACGUGACCUACUACGAAAUUGACUCCAUCUAUGGACACGAUACGUUCCUACUUGACCUAAACAACAUUGGCACAGCAGUAAAGGGAUUUCUGGAGACAAAAAUAGCGAAAGACCCAACGAUUAAUAUUAUUUCACAGUGGUAAGUGGCGAUAUUAUCUGGACGAUGGCCGGGCGGUUUGGCUGUUAGGAGAGACCUAAUCAUAGGAGCAACUAUGCCCUUGUACGCUACUUUUUCUGAUAAUAUCAGCAAAAACUAGUAGUAUUUAGAUUACAUGAUAAAUUAAGAACCUCCUCUUAGCAAUUCCUUCCGAAGAUUUUUUCGAGCAAGCUGAAUUAAUUAUAACAUUUUUACCAACUACAUAUCAUUGUACCAUGCUUUAAUUCCCAUUUAUAUAAUAUUGUUUGUUUUUUCAUGUCGAAAAAUACAUUGAUCUUAUGUUUCUUGUUAGCAAAUACUCGACUUUAAAUAAAGAUUCUUUUAUCUUGUAUCUUGAUUGAUCACCUGUAUUAUCAUAAAUUGAUGUUAAAGACAUUUAAUAUUUGAACGGUCGAGAGUUUGAUAAAAAAAUUUACGCUGAACGGAAUAGGUAUUUUUCUCAUUUCUUUGGACUUAUAAUAAAACCAUAUGGCCGUUAUUAAGGACAGCUUUUAUAAAAUCGUUGUACGUGUAUUAAAAAUGGCCGUAUUGUUUCAUUAUUUGAAUCGUUGUACGUGUAUUAAAGAUGGCCGUAUUGUUUCAUUAUUUGAAUCGUUGUACGUGUAUUAAAGAUGGCCGUAUUGUUUCAUUAUUUGAAUCGUUCUACGUGUAUUAAAGAUGGCCGUAUUGUUUCAUUAUUUGAAUCGUUGUACGUGUAUUAAAGAUGGCCGUAUUGUUUCAUUAUUUGAAUCGUUGUACGUGUAUUAAAGAUGGCCUUAUUGUUUCAUUAAUCAAAUCGUUGUACGUGUAUUAAAGCUGCACUCUCACAGAUUACCGUUUUGACAACUUUUUUUAUUUGUUUUUGUCUUAUAUGCAAACUAGUGAUAUAAGACUGCUGACCAAACAUCAGAUCGGAGAUUUUCAUAUUUUCGUUCGAAAAUUAAUGUUUUAUGGCUAAAAGCGUUACUUGCAGUAACAAGAAAAAUGCAUAAAACAUCAUAUUUUUUAUCCUAAAACAUAAAAAUCUGCGAUCAGAUUUUUUGUCAGCAGUCUUAUAUCACUGAAUAUCAUGCAUUUUCGCAUAAAUUGGCUCGUUCCAAGACAGACAAAUAAAAAAAUAUCAAAACGUUCAGUUUGUGAGAGUGCAGCUUUAAUGUUUCAUUGAUUGAAUCGUUGUGAUGGCCAUAUUGUUUUAUUUAAUUGUUAUAUGUGUAUUGAACAUGGCCAUGUAUUUUUCAUCUAUUUAAUAUUUGCUGCACAAAAUUUGUGCUGAGAAAUGUUUACAGCUUAUAUACGUUUCUUUGCAAAGGUCACCUGUGAUAUAAUCUUAUGAACGAAAACCACACUAUGCAAAACCUCUACAUCCAGAUUGUUGUAUAUAAAUGAAAUGUUGAUUACAAGAUGUUCCGUGUAAAGCUGCACUCUCACAGAUUGAACGUUUUUAUAACUUUUUUUUAUUUUUUUGUCUUGAAAUGAGCAAUUUUUGCGUAAAUAUUUGCAAACCAGUGAUAAAAGACUGCUGACAAAAGAUCAGAUCGCAGAUCUUCAUAUUUCCGUUCAAAAAUUAAUGUUUUAUGGCUAAACGCAUUACUAGCAGUUUAAGAAAACAAUGCAUUAAACAUCAAUUUUUGAGCUUAAAUAUAAAAAU